UUUUCAUUCAAAUGAUAAAAUUAAACUUGCACUAUACAGUUUCUAUAGAAUCAUCCAUCACUAGAUCUGGUCUGGCGAUCCCCAAAAGAUCAAGUCAAAAAUGAAUAACAGAGAAAUGAAACAUGGUAAAAAAAAAGACGAGAAGAUGCCGGUUUUAGUGAUGCCAGGUUUCAUAGCCGGAGCAACAUUUCUGGUUAUUUGGAUCAUACGACGUGAGUUCCUUUUAUCUUACUUUUGGUGUAACAUAGAUUUCCUUGCUUCUGUUUAUCUUUUGAAUAAUCCAUAUAUAGGCUAUAGAAAGGGCUCCACCAAAACUAACUCGCCGCCACCAUCCGCGCUUCCAAAGGCUCGAGAAUGUGGUCCUGUGGCGUCCACUAAACCUAACUUAACACCUGCGCCGCCGCUAGGUCAGCCACGGCUAUACGCUCAAGAAUCUCAACAGUACAGUCUUGUGGCGUCCAAUGAACCUGACUUGACACCUGCGCUGCUAGGCCCGCCACCGCUAUACGCUCAACAGUCUCAACAGUUUAGUACUAUUGUGGUGUCCAGUGAAACCGACAUACCCCAGCUUCUGGUUCAAUGUUGUCCGCCAGAUGGAGACCGUGGAUUAACAAAUCAAUACUAUGCGGGACAAGAGUUCGACUUAGGAGGACACGACAAGGACAGCGAUUCCGAUUAAGAGUAGAGUACUUUUUUAAACAACUUUUGAUUAUGAAUUUACCUCAUCCACCAUUUUUCUUCUCUUUAUCUUGUGUGCACCGGCAUCUUUAGACUAUAAUAUAUGUCGUAAGAAGAAGAAGAAGAUUAUAAUUGGUUGAUUUCAGUUAUUUUAUUAUCAAAAAGGAAAGAGAGGAUAAUGUAAUGUUGUAAUCUUAUAUAUAUAUAUCCGAAUCAGGGCGUCAUUUCAGUUUACUAAAUCAUUUUUAUUUAUCUAAUUUAUGAACCAUAG